GGAAUGUUUGAUUGAUGAUGAGAGCAUGCUGAUGUGACAUUGGACUAAGGUGGCACUGCAUUGCGUUGUGGGUGGUACCGAGGUGCCGGUCAGAUACAUGCUGUGGUAGGAUUCCACGAGGGGAUUCUAGUGCAGAAACUAUCUGCCUAACUAAUGAGUGGAUCAGAUCCUGUUGAUGAUAGAGCAGACAAUAGGAGACUUACACGUUCGGAAGCAUUAAGGGUUCCGCACGUGUUCAGGACCUUGGACGAGGGAGAAGAAAGACAGCUUCGUGCCGAACGUAGAGCCCGUGCUCUAGCAGCAGGACUACAGGAAGCAAACGGAGUAGCAAGAGAGCGGGCAACAACAGCCAGAGCAACAACAAUGGCUAACGGUACCAGCUCUGCUGCGUCAUCGUCUGCGUCCUCGUCAGGGACUAGUGGUACUCAGUUGGGAAUGCCACUGAGUUCCACGAGUUCCUCGGGCACUUCCGGUUCAACAGGGUCUAGACAGUCUUCUAGUCAAAUGGCGGGCUCGCAGUUCAGCCCGUUGACCCCACGUGAGAGGGAGCUCAGAGAAAUCCAGCAGGUCGAGAGGCUCCGCCAGCAGUUGGAGGAGGAUCUGAAGAAAGCAACCGAUAGAGAAAAAGAGAUAAAAAGUAGAGCAGCCAGACUUGAUACGUUAGAGGCUGACAAGGCUGCGUUACAGGGAUUGGACGAAUCGACUUUGUCUGACACCCUGAAAGUGUUGAGGGACAACAUGUUGUCACUGCAUGCGCACGUAGACAACAGGAUGGACUUCAUGCAAAGCACUUUGGACCAGAUCCUAGAUGCAUUGACAAAGCCAGGAUUCCGGCCACCAGCGCAAUCGUCGUUGCCGUUAACGGCGAUGUCAGGUCCCUUUGCCGUACAAGCUGGCACACAGCCAAGUGGUACGUCUGCAGCAGCAGCACAGACUGUUGCAUCUUCUUCUUCGGGUCCGGCGGUGAUUGCUACAUCACCACAACAACCUGUUCAGCAAUCUGGACAGCAGCAAGGUCAAUGGUACCCCAAGACCCCAAUGAAACCGCCUCUUGCCUUCUCAGGCAAGAGAAAGGACGAAGAACUCAACACAUGGUUGAGGACAGUCCCGAUUUGGUCGCCUGAGGACGAAGUGGUAACUGCGGCGUCUUACCUAGAAGGUAAGGCAGCCAAAUGGUUAGAUGGUGUAGUGAUAAAGGGCGGGUACAGGCGACGCAUGGCGGACUGGGCUAAGUCUCUAAUGUUAGACCAGUUCAUGGAAACGGUAGAAGCUCGAUGGCAUAAUCCACAAGAGGCACAAAAGGCCACUGAUGCCAUUAACAAACUAGACCAACGAAAGUUCGGGUCAGUUAGAGAGCUUACGACUACCGUUGAGAUCCUGAUCCUCGUUUCAGGUAUCAACUACAGUGACCAGUUCCUGUUAACAACGUUUGUUAGAUGUUUGCCAGAGAACAUCAGGAACUUGCUGGCCAACGAGGCACGCACAGAAUAUCAUUCUGAUGGGACUCAAACUGAGAUUGAUGAGCUCUCUAACCUGAUGGACUACUCAGAGUAUGACGGCGAGGAGAUAGGUGAGGGUAGCACCCUCGCCGCGGUAGUUAAGACUAAGGCGGCAGGCCGAGGAAAGGGCCAGUCUGGCGGUCAAGGGAAGGCCGUCUCCAAUCAGAUCAAACAGGCUGAGUGGACUAAGGCAGGUCUUGAUCAAGACGUGUGGCGUGACCGCCGAUCGCGUGGCGCUUGUAUCAACUGCGGGGAAUACGGACACACGCAGUGGAAGUGUCAGAACGCUAAGCACGCUAUGAAUCGGAUCUUCCAUGACCAUUUAAAUAAGUUUGUCGUGGUCUACUUAGACGACAUUAUGAUCUUUAGUAAGUGUGCCGAGGAGCACGCACAGCAUGUUGAGACAACUCUCUCACUCCUGCGACAACACAAGUAUAAGGUCAACCUAGAGAAGUGCGAGUUUGGCCGCACUAAGAUACUAUACUUGGGUCAUGAAGUAUCCGCGGAGGGAAUUAGGCCGGAAGAUGCGAAGGUGGCUAGUAUUCGAGACUGGCCACGACCUCAGACAGUCACUGAGGUCAGAUCAUUCUUAGGAAUGUGCGGCUACUAUAGGAACUUCGUCAAGAACUAUUCUACAGUCGCCUCUCCUUUGACUGAUCUAACUCGACUUGACACACUGUGGGACUGGAGUGAUGAGUGCGAGGGUGCUUUCAAGAGACUGAAGCAUGCACUCAUGAAUCAUGAAGUUCUCAUGGUUCCCGAUCCGCAAAAGCCAUUCAUAAUGACCACUGACGCAAGCCAAUACGGCAUUGGCGCAGUGCUGGCUCAGCAGGAUGGGAAAAAGUUGAGACCGAUUGAGUACAUGAGUAAGAAGAUGCCAUCGAAGAAGUUGGCUAAGUCCACCUACGAAAGGGAACUCUAUGCUCUCUACAAGGCACUUGUCCAUUGGAGACACUUCCUUCUAGGAAGGUUCUUCUAUCUGAGGACUGGUCAUCAGACCCUCAAAUGGAUCAAGACUCAACCGGCUCUUUCUGAUGCACUCAAGCGAUGGAUUGAGGUCAUAGACCAAUAUGACUUCAAGCUUGAGUACCUGAAGGGAGAGUAUAACAAGGUUGCAGACGCGCUAUCCCGUAGAGCAGACUACCUAGUUCGUGCCCGACCUGUGGUACCUCCAAGACCCAAGCAGCGACUCAGCAAGCGGAAGACUCCAGCAGCAUCAAGUGCAGCAAUGACAGUACCGGUUAGCACCGGGGUUCUUCCCGCAUGCCCGGUCCAAGGGGCCGGUGAGCCGUUGGCGGCUUACCUUCAGCGGGUACAGGCAUUCACAGAUGCCGUAGCUACCGCAAAGGCACAGGAGGAGGCAGCAGAAGCGGAAUGUCAGCGGCUGGCCAAUGAGGCGGCAGCCCAAGCUCAGCACACUGCUGAGGCUGACGCAGCAGCACGAGACCAACGGAAUGCCAGCAGCACGGAGUCCCUGAUUCAUAGUGAGAAUCAGUGGACAAUGUUCCUCCAAGGCAUGAUCUUUGUGCCUUCGGACGCGCAGGCAGAUCCGACACCGGCGGAGGCAGAGAAGACUCACCUGGCUAACUUGAUGCUGGGUAUGAUGAGAGGAAUCAUGUGGAAUAGCACACUGCUGCAAGCACAUCUGCGCACGGAACAACAGCAAAGACAGAAGUACCAACAAGACAUUGCUGUUUUAACAGCUGCCAUCCGCGUCGAAGCUUCACAGCAACAGCAACAGCAACAGCUGUUGAACUCCGCUCUCGCACGCAUCAACAACAUUGAGGCUAGCGAUUUCACUAGCCCGGCCACAAUCAGCAGCACGGUGGCCGCCAUCAAGACGGACAUCACCAAGCUGCAGACGAGACCGGACGCCGCUACGAAGACUUACAAGAUGCCGCACUUCGACAUCAGCAAGUUCGACGACUACAACAAGUCGGACGCCUUGACAUGGUGGCAACGUUUCCUCACGGAAGCAUCAUGCCGCACUGUCCCGGCGGACGACAUGAUGAAGGCGCUYUACUUACAACUGAUCGRSGRAGCGCAGGCAUGGAUGAAUCAUCUGGCGGCUACCAAGAAAUGCACCAUYGCCGAACUCCACACGCACAUUCCGUGGACGGAGUUCGAGAAGCUAUGGCUCACCCGGUUCAUGGUUCGCAACGUCGUGAAGGCAGCCAUGAACGAGGUGUACACCUGCUCUCAAGGUAGUAUGCCAACUCGAGACUGGACAACUAAGUGGCAGAAGAUAGUGACCACGCCAGGCUUCGAUUUGAGUUACCACCAGAUUGAAAUCCAGCCUCAAGAUCUGUACAAGACUGCGUUCAAGACGCUGUAUGGGCAUUUUGAGCGGGUUGUCAUGCCCUUUGGCCUCACCAAUGCCCCCGCAACUUUUCAAGCAGCUAUGACGACUGAGUUUCGCGACUUGCUCGAUCGCAGCGUCCUCAUCUACCUCGAUGACAUCUUGGUCUAUAGCAGGACGUUGGACGAGCACAUCACACACCUUCGCGCUGUUUUGAAUCGUUUGCGACUGGCCAAGUUCAAAGCGAACCGCGACAAGUGCGAGUUCGCCAAGCAAGAGCUUGAGUAUUUGGGCUACUAUGCUACGCUGAAAGGCAUUCGUCCCUUAGCGGACAAGAUCCAAGCCAUCGUGGAUUGGUUGGAACCCCGUUGUACGACGGAGGUACGCUCUUUCAUGGGUUUGGCUGCAUACUAUCAGCGAUUCAUUGAGUCAUACUCGAAAGUGGCCGCUCCUUUGUCGAGACUUCAGUCCCCGAAGGUGCCCUUUGAGUUCGACGACGCAACCCGUGAAUGGGGAAUAGGGAUCGAAAGUCGUGAGAGAACAGCAGUGUAGCAAUGAGGAGUAGUCGGGUUGAUCGGAGGGAAAAUCAAAGUUUCUUGCUUCUCGGUUAAUGAAUGGAGAAUGAUGAG